AUGCCACCACAAAAACGACACUUAUUUCAGGUUAAUCGUCAUGUGCAAGCGUCUAUAAUGCUAUUAUCAGUCAUGGAAGGUGCCGAACUCGAUCUCAAUAAUACAAUUUCUUCAACCUCAAAACCAAUAACAACUACAACAACAACAUCAUCAUCAACACUAUCGACUUCAGAUGAUUAUGAUAAAGAUCUUCAAUUAGCUGCCGAACUUGGUCGAUGUUUACUCGAACGAAAUCAAGAAUUACAAAACUAUAUAAAUGUUCUACAAAAACAAAUUGACGAUGAACAAUGUGAUAUAAAAUUAUUGCAUGUCAAACUUGAAUCAACUCGUGAACAACUCGACACGAAAUGCAAACAAACUGAAAUAUUGGAUGCAACAAAUUUCGAUCUGGAGCGAGAACUUGCUCAACAACGACGAGACAAUGAAAGAGAACGACAACGUAUUAAAGAGUUAUCUGAUCUAUGUGAAAAGACACGUAAACAAUGUCUUGAAAUUGAACAUGAAUACGAAGCAUUUCGAUUGAAACAAUUCGAAACCCAUCAUUUUCCUAAACAAUACAAUUCUUCUGUACAAACAUCGAAGAAAUCAAAUAAAUUACGACGUUCUCAAUCAUUUAGUUUAAAUUUAGCACAUGAUUCAUCGUUAACGGAUGUAUCAACAUCUUCAAAUAUCUUUGAUAUUUCAUCGGCAUCAAUAUUUAAAACACAUCUUACUGAAUUAAAAACACGUAUUAAAUCAUUGACAUCCGAUUGUUCAACAUUAAAUGAUAAACUUCAUCAAUCUGAACAAGAAAAACGUUAUUUAAAUGAUCGUAUUACACUACUCGAACGGCAACGUCGUGACGAUAAUGAUUCAUUUCAACAUGAAUUAAAUCAUUGUAGAAAAUUAUUAGAAAAACAUAUCAAUAAUGAAAAUUUAAAUCCAAUAUUAACAAAUUUUCAUUCACCACCUGAACAUGAAGUUUCAUUAUAUGAUGAAGUUUUAUUUGAAAAUAAAAAAUUAAAUAAUAAACAAUCGUAUGAAAUGACAAACUAUAAAGAUUUAUUCGCAAGUGUCUAUCAAAAAUUAAAGAUAAUUAAAAAUGAUUCAUUAACAGCAUGUACAACACCAACAUUUUCAAACUUAACUGUUCAAUCGAAUUUCAGUUUACAUAAUUUUCUUGGUAUAUGGUAUGAAAUCAAAGCAUAUAUAAAUGAAACAAACACUGGAUUUGAUGUAUGGCAUGAUUUUUCACAAUCAUUUCAACUAGAGACUAAUUCUAGCGAACGUCUUCUUGUUUAUGGUAAAGCACGAUUAACGCAAGAAGACCAAUGUUUUUCAUUUGGUCCAUGGUUAUUAAUUGCAAAUGAUAGUGCUAAAAUGAUUCAAGUUGAAAAAAACGAACUUACUUAUACUACCGAUCUCUAUUGGCCAUACUAUAUUUUGAAAACGGACUAUAAUCAUUACGCAUUAAUUUAUAGAUGUAAGACAAAGAAUUAUAGACUUAAUGAUCCAUGUGAUGAUCCAACUGUAUGGGUAUUUAGUCGUACAAGAUCAUUAUCAAAUGAAUAUGCAAAAGAACUUGAUACUUAUAUUGAAAAUAUAUUAUGUAUGAAUGUAACUAAUUUUGAAAUAAUUUCACAUCGAGAAAAAUCAUGUUAUAUGAACUCUGUAUUAAAUUUAAAAUUUUAUUUAAUGAAUAUUAUUCUUUGUUUAAUUUUACUUGUUUUUGUAUAA